AUGGACAGUGGCUCAAACCAAAACCCGUACUCGUCUAACGGUAUAAACACGACAGGAGCUUCUUAUCCUUCCCCAGCUGCCAUCUCCCCUAACCAGCUGCAACACGCGUCUAUCCAGCACACGCUGCCGCCUUUACAGCACAACGCUUCUGCUAUGCAAUCUAUUUACGGAAGCCACCCUCACACCCCAAGGACACCAGGCACUCCUAAUACUCCCCAGCCGCCUAACAUGAGCCAAUACCCACCGCCUAACUCUGGCCCUACUCGUGGUUCUUACGGUAUGAUGCCUAAUCAAUAUCAGCAGCCUCAGCAGGGUUAUCCCACGUCGUCUUCAAUGAUGCCUCAAACUUCUGUCGCGGCUUCUCACCCGCAGCCUAUCGCACCCGCCCCUGCAGCGGCGCGCCCUCCUGUUCUUCGUCCGAUGCCCGCUGGCGGGGUUAUGCCGCAGACUGGGCUGCCGUCACCUUACAGUGGAAGCCCUAUGAUGCCGCAUCAACAAUCUCUACUUCAGGACAAUGAACAGCCUACCCAUGUGGUAGGUUCUCAAGGACGACGUGGAAUAUUGCCCAGUGCUCCGGGAAGACCCGCUGCCCCAACUGGUAGUGGUGCAUCUAAGAACACGGUAAUCCCGCAGAAAGAUGCGGAUGGCAAAUUCCCCUGCCCCCACUGUACAAAGACUUACCUCCACGCGAAGCACCUUAAGCGUCACCUUCUCCGACAUACCGGCGACCGCCCUUACAUGUGCGUGUUGUGCCGUGAUACGUUUUCGCGAAGUGAUAUUCUGAAACGUCACUUCCAAAAGUGUUCGAUCCGACGAGGAAACCCCACCGGCGUGAGCCAUCUGUCUCAUCCCCAAGCACAUGUUAAGAAGCAACAACAGAACGCACAGAAGGCUAACGAGGGUGACUUGAGUCACAUGAACGGCAUGACUAACAUGCCAGGUGAUAAUGUCGUCCACCCUUUCGGUAUGGUUCAGAUCCAAGAUGGUAUGGGAAACAUGGCCAACGACCAGAACCAGCUUUCCAGAUCAAGCAGUAUGAGUCGGAUGGACGAGAACGGUAACCGGGACCGAAGAAGCAUGACCGGCGGCUACAACGGCGAUGUUUCGAACUCGAUGUCUUCGAAUAUCAACCCUCAGUUGGCCAACUUCAAUAUGCCUCAGGGCCAAAAUGGCAUGCCCAUGUAUGGAGCUUCUGGCUCAAACCAACAAUCUGGCCUUGACUGGUCCCAGAUGUUUCCACAGUCUGGUGCGCACCAUGCCUACGUCAAUCAGUUCCCUCCUAAUAUUGGACAGAAUCAGACCGCAAUCAAAACCGAGCCUAAUCUCACUUCCGAAAGACCCAAUGGCAUGCCAGGCAUGGCCCCGAACGAUGUGAACGACCGAUCGCUUUUUUUCUCGAAUUGGGACGUGCAACCCUCGAUGCAAGACCCUUACCACCGACUCUCUUCGCAGAUCCUCAACUUUUUCCACCCUCCCGGCACGGUACCCUCCAGUCACACCGCCGGCCUUAACGACUUCUUUUCUCCUGUCAACAUUAGAGACUUUCUUGAUUCAUACAUCCAUUUUCACUUCCAUUUUUCAUUCCUCCACAUCCCCACCUUCCGUAUCAUGGAGGUUUAUACAGGUUUGAUAGCAUCCAUGUGCUGUAUUGGCGCUUGUUACUCUGGUAAUGCCGCAUCUUCAAAUGUUCGAGAGAUGACAAAUUUUUUAAAGAUUGCAUUGGAGCGCGAUUGCGAUCUAUUCAGCAGCGAGGCGCAAGCCGGUCUUAAAUUUGGCAAUGGCCGAGACAAAAGAGAUAUCGAGCGAUUACAGGCACUCAUUUUGAUGUCGUCGCUUCUCAUUUGGAAUGGUACACCUGUCCAGCGCGAAAGUGCUAGGAGAAUCUUUCCUCUGGUAGCAGAUAUCAGCCGAAGAUUUGAUUUGUUGCAAGUCAGAAACGACUCAUCUUUAUACAGCAUUUUUCAUCAGCCAAAAAUCUCGUUGGAAGACCUCAAUCCCGGACAAUUCGAUUGGGCGGCGUGGGUUGAACAAGAGACGCGCAUCCGAGUAAUGCAUAUGAUAUAUCUUCUUGACAUCGCGCGCACUCUUUACUUCAACUGCGAACCUCAAUUCGAUAGUUUUGAGAUUCGCAUCCCGCUGCCCGCAGACGAUGCGGUUUGGGAAGCGCAAUCUGCGGUUGACUGCGCGCAAGGGCUAAACCUGUAUGGGUCUGAGGCGGCAAGGAGACAAAAUCCAGACGGAUCGCAACGCAGUAAGCAACCUGAGUUGAACUUGACACUGGCCGCUCUGUUUCACAGUUCAUAUCAAAUACAUCCUGGGAGCACUAAUCUGUAUGGGAAAUUCAUUUUGAUUCACGCUAUUAUUUCCCAAAUCAGACGUGCUCAACUCGAAGGCCGUCUUGCCGCACUGGAUGGUACUUCUACGCCUCUUUCGCAGAAUGACUGGGUUAUUGCGAACGGAUCAGAUACGGGGAGCGGUAAUCCUAGCGCCAAUAACAGCACAACUACUACACCGGUUGCGGGGUUUUCCUCUCAGACUUAUAAGACUCUUUGCACUGCGCUCGAUAAGUUUAAGUCGUACUGGGAUAUGGAUAUGGCAAUCCAAUUUCCUCCUUCGGUCUCCAAUCCUAGGCGGUACGGUUUCUGUCGUGAUGGAAUACAUUUUUUCUGGCUUGCGAAAUGGAUGCUCAAGAAUACUUCGGUGGUGGACUUGCAAUUGGCCCCGGAUAGUCGAUUUAAGCAGGUUAUUCAACUACUUAAGACUGUGAAGUCGUGGGUUAUGACGGACGGGGCAUCAAGGGGGGAGGAACUCGGGUCCGUAAGCGACAUCGAUAAUGAUUUUGCGGUUACCGAUCUUACGCUGGACAUGACGCACCUUUUCAAACCCUUGCCGUCGGUCGUGAAGUCUCCUGGUAUGCCUGCGGUUAAAACGGAAGUUUGA